UUUUUCUCUCUAAAAAUAGAAUCACAUGGCGACUAGUUUACCUUAGCUAUGGAACUACAAGAAUUUGUUCCAGUAAGGGUCCAGACUUUCCAUGAGAACUGGCCAGAACUAGAGGUGAGAGUAUAUAGGAAUCAAGAAGGAAUAUCUACAAAUGAAGUCUUUGAAAAAUCUACUUUUAUGUUAAACUUGAAGCAAGCCAGCGUUGAACAUUUUUCCUUAUUUUUGUUUGGAAAAAAGUUGAACAAAAGACUGAGAAAUUGUGAUUAUCUCCCUUUAACACAUGAUAGUUUAUUCUUAAGAAAAUGGUGUUUUGAUGCUAGAACUGAAAAGAAGUUGUUAAAAGAUAAGGUAGCCUGUCACUUGAUUUUUAGAGAGGCAGAAAGGAAUAUAGAGAAUGGUUUCUUGAAACCAAGUGUUGAUCAGAUAGAUUUACUUGAAGAGUAUUCUGAUGAAAGAUUCAGGUGUGAAGAGAAAUAUGUACUAUUGUGUCAUUCCAUACCAGAUUAUUUUGAUGUACAUUUUGAAGACUGUAUAGUGUUAAAGAAUGAGAAUGAAUGUAAGUGCCAUGUUCAAGUAAAUGUCUCUCAUCUGAAGAUUAAUAUACCAGAUGUUGAUGUGACAGUAUUACCAUGGUUCUGUGUUAAACAGUGGACAUAUGAAGCCCUCCAUAAAAGGAUGAUAUUUGUUUACAUUGAUGGCAAGUUAAUGGAUGAAACCAUAACAGUUAUCACAGACCAGGUGGAAUAUCUGGCUGAUGUCAUUAAUCAGUGUUUCAAAACAAUUCAGAAAGAAGAAAAGGAUACACCUAGAUUCUAUUCUGACAUGGUUUCUAAAACAGAAGAAGGCAAUAUAUCAUAUCAGAAUCCAUUGUUUGAUUGUGAACAGACUCAGCUACAUUAUAAAAGUCAGCAUUAAUAAACUGAUCAGCCAUUUCUUGUUAAAAGUACUAAAUUACUAAUUUUAUUAUCAUUUGUUAUUGCCUCCACAAAGUUUAAGUGUGGUGUACUGUUUCCAGCAUGUUUAAAAAGGUGUCUUAUAGACAACUUACAAUACAGAAAUGUUGAAUGAAUAGGAAUGUAAUUUUGGAGGAGGUAGCAUUUUGCCAUUUGUUACAGCAUUUAAAUGAAUGUGCUAUCAAAUUGUUUAUUGAAUUUAGAAUAAGUAAACCACUAUUAAUGAAUCUCAUGCACAGCCAUAUGUGUUCUCAAAUUGCUGGGUUGUUUUCAUUAUUAGAUAUGCAAGUUAAUGUAAGCAUAUGACAAUCAACUUUUAUAUAUUUUACAUGAUGUGAUUUUUUUAUUUAAUAGUAUUGUUUCCUUCCUAGUAUUUAGGAUUGAUGAAUGUAUUUACCUUAAGAAUGCAUUUAAAGAAAUAAGAAAGUAUUAGAUCUACCAUCAUUUUUCAUUCUGACAUUUUGUUUGAAAUUUUUUGACAGAUUCUUCUUUUUCAUGUUCUUCUUUGUAAACUUGAAUAAUGAUGUUAUGCAAUUAUUGUAACUCAAAGAUUUGAAGGACUUGUGUCUUUAACUCACUUCUAUUUCUAUCUGCACAAUAAUUCAUACAGAUUAUCUCCCCUGAGCACUUUUUUUUUUUUAUCAAUUCCUGACAUCAUGUUUUGUAUUUUGUUUGAGUCUAUAAGAAGACAAUCAUAUAAUAUAACAUCAUAUGCAUUCUGUAAUUUUGUAAUUUUGGUAUUUACUUAUUUAUUUCUACCUGAUGAGAGAUUUUUACUGAUGCCCCUGAACACUUGUUAUUCUGUCAAGCUUAAUGAACUAUACAGUUACAAAAUUAUGUUUUUUUAUGAUAAUCCAAAUCCCCUGUUUCAAUGCUAAAUACAUUUGUUUCAAGUUUUGUUAAACAUUUUUCUCUUAUCUUGUUUAUACAGUAGUGUAAUAGGUAUUUAUUCUAGUAAUAUCAUGUUUUAACAUCUUUAAUAAUAGUUUGUUACCCUUGCCAAAAAAAGAGAGACUCAUUGAUUUGUGAAAAAGACCUUCAUUCUAUAUUAUACAGAAAAUAUCUUUAAAAAGAAGGAAAAUGUAUAAAUAAAUUUUAAUUCUUCUUUUUAAUAAUCUGCCCAUUCAUUUUGUUAAGUGGAUCUACUGAGAUAAUUGUUCAGUAUAUGAUCCUUUUUUUGUUAAAGAGUUAUUGCCCUUUACACUUUUAUACCUUUAUGAUUUUUAUUAACACAUCUCCUCAGAGCUUAUGCUGGUCAAAUGUAAAUUUAUCAUACUGUUAAAUGAAACAUAUUUUAUAGUGUGACUAACAAGGUUUUAUAUUUAUUGUGUGAGAAGGUUUUUAUAUAUACAAUGUACUUCUUUAUCCAUAUUGAGGGGAAGGUGACUGGAGUUUAAAGAAAUUCAACCUCACUCCUAUGCAAAAUAAUGUAAUUAAUUUCUAUGCAAACUGUGAUAUUUUGAUUUGUAUUGUUAUUUAUAUAUUGUUUCUAAUCAUGUUCUGUUUUAGAUUUAUACAUGAAAUAAUCUCUAGCUUUUAUAUAUACAAAAAUAUAGUUUAAUUAA